AUGGCUCAGACAAACCGCAGCGUAAUGGCCAUCGUAGGCGUUGGAGCGCUAGGUGCCACUUUGGCAUAUGCGACCACGAAGUUCCCGUUUCUCAGGAGACAGCUAGUGAGAUUGGGAUUAUGCGAGGCUGACCCUCUCGCCGACGCUCUGGAACCCAACAUGAGGAGAGUCGCAAAGGGUAUGCAGUGCAUCAACAUCAUUUCUGUGGACGACCUGUCGAACCAGCAACUCAGCUGCCUCAUGGAGUUGGCUGCAUUUUUCAAGGAAAAGGUAUCGCAAAAGCUGAGCUGCGAGCUGCUUCAGAACAAGAUCAUGGUCACGCUUUUCCACGAAGCCAGCACACGCACGAGGUGCUCAUUCGAGGCUGCCAUGCUCAGACUCGGCGGUAAGGUUGUGUCAGUCACCGACCCUGCCACGUCGUCGGCUGCCAAGGGGGAAACCAUAGAGGAUUCGGUCAGGGUGCUGUCGUCCUACGCCGAUGUCUUGGUCAUGCGUCACCCUGAAAAAGGAUCCAUGGAGAGAGUUAAGGGGCACGUCAGAGUCCCGCUGGUCAACGCAGGCGACGGCAGCGGUGAGCACCCCAGCCAAGCGCUGCUUGAUUUAUACACGAUAUCGACCUACUUCCCAAUCCUCGAACGCAACACGAGCCAAACGCCUUUCACAAUAUGCUUCGUGGGUGAUUUGAAGAACGGCAGGGCCGCGCAUUCGCUGGCGAAGCUACUCAGCAGAUUCAACGUCGUCAUGCGUUACGUCGCACCACCGCAGCUGCAGAUGCCGACGCAGAUACAGAGGGAGGUGGAAAACAACUUCGCAAAAUACGAAAUCCCAGACCUGCCGUUCCCUAGGCAAACCAGCUUCAGCGACAUAGAGGACGGGUGCGAAGGCACGGACGUCAUCUACGUAACAAGGCUACAAAAGGAACGAAUGGACAGCAACGACGCAGAGGAACUGAAGGGCUCAUACAGCAUACAAAAGUCGCUAAUCGCAAAGUUGCCUCCACAUGUCAAGAUCAUGCAUCCGCUUCCCAGGGUUGACGAACUCCCGCGCGAAAUCGAUGGCGACCAGAGGGCUGUGUAUUUCGAGCAAGCCAACAACGGGCUCUACGUCAGGAUGGCUAUGCUGUACCUCAUCCUGAACGCGUCCAAAUGA